AUGAUGUCUAUUCAUCUGGAUGAAGGACCAGUGAGACGGAUGCAACCGCAAUCCGAUCCAUUAACUAGAAAGAUUCAGAGGGCUUGUCGUAUUUCUCUUCCAGAGCCAGAUUUGGCCUUGAAUUUGGAUGUUGCUGACUAUAUCAACGAUAAGCAGGGUGCUGCUCCGAGAGAAGCCGCAAUUUCCAUUGUGAGACUGAUUAACUCAAGAGAUACUCAUACAGCUAUCUUCGCGUUGAGUUUAUUAGAUGUACUGGUCAAGAAUUGUGGGUAUCCAUUCCAUUUACAGAUUUCUAGGAAGGAAUUCUUGAACGAAUUGGUGAAGCGUUUCCCAGAGAGACCACCCGUCCGUUUUAGUAAAGUGCAACGACUAAUCUUGACUGCUAUUGAGGAAUGGUACCAAACUAUUUGCAAACACUCUGCUUAUAAAGAAGAUAUGGGAUAUAUUAGGGACAUGCAUAGGCUAUUGAAAUACAAAGGCUACACUUUCCCAAAAAUCAACAGUGAGGAUCUCGCUGUUUUGAAACCAAGCGAACAUUUGAAAACUCCAAGUGAAAUUCAAAAAGAACAAGAAAUUGCUCAAGCUGCCAAAUUGGAGGAAUUGAUAAGACGUGGUAAACCUGAAGAUUUGAGGGAAGCCAACAAAUUGAUGAAGGUCAUGGCCGGAUUCAAGGAAGACAACAUGAUUCAGUCUAAGCAGAUCUUAAAUGAAGAAUUAACCAAACUAAGACGUAAGGCAGACUUGUUGAACGAAAUGUUAGGGACCAACGACUCACCAGAUAUAGAAAAUGAAACAAUUGUCGAACUAUAUAAUGCUUUAAGGUCAUCACAGCCAAGAUUCCAAAAAAUUAUCGAGGAAGAACACGAUGACGAUGAAUUUGUCCAGGAUUUACUCAAGUUCAAUGAUACGGUCAACCAAUUGGUUCAAAAGUAUGAUUUAUUGAAAGCAGGACAUGCUGGUGAAGCAAAUCAAAUUAAUGUCGAUAACAUUUCCUCAUCUGUUAAUAAUGGUGGUGCGUUAGCCAAUGAAAUAAAUUUGAUUGAUUUUGAUGACGAAGAAGUUAAUAAAAGUUCUUCUUCAAAUUCUACUGCUGCUGCUGCCAGAAACAAUUUAGAAGAUGACCUGUUGAGCGGUCUGAAUGACUUGAAUUUCUCUGACAACAACAACAACAACAACAACUUUGGAUUUGGGGGCAGCAUAGCCUUGGACACAGCAGCUCAUGCAUCUCCUGCCGUACCUGUUACCACAACUACCACAACCAACUCAAAUUUCGAUCUGUUGAGUGAUCUAUCAUCACCAUCACCUGUCCAAGCUCAACAAGAUACUCAUAGCAAUGACUUAUUGAGUGAGUUUUCAGCACCAGCCGUUCAACAUUCUACUCAACCUUCCAUAGUGUCUGACCGUUUCCUUGUAAACCAGUCAGAUGUUUUGAAGUUUGAAUUUGCAAUUUCUAGAGAAUCAGAAAGCACCAUCAAGGUGACUUCUUUCUUUUCAAAUGUGUCAAUUUCGCAACUUACAGACCUUACAUUAAUGCUAGCGGUUCCUAAAGCCCAACAAUUGAGACUUUUACCACAAUCAAAUACUGUUUUGUCAUCCUAUGCAAAGGAUGGAAUCCAUCAAAAAAGUUGGAUUGAUAACGCAGUGAAGAAUGCCCCAAAGCCACUCAGAGUGAAAUGGAAAGUAUCCUACAAAGCCAACGGCGUACCAAAGGAGGAAUCUGCUGUUUACACUUUCCCAAAUGUUUGA